AUGUUCAGAACCGCCUCGCCUUUCCAGGCACUACUGGACUCGCUGCGACUCCGAUCUCAUCCGCAUCAUCGUUUAAAGGACAUUGCACGCUUUGUUGAUAGUAGACAUGGACUGCGUCUUUCGAUUUUUGGGCUUGCACUGGGCUGCGUUGGCGGGUCGUGGGCGUUAGCAGAAGACAGGGCGUCAUACGAUGGUACGGUCAAGAAACCUACGAGAUCCUUUUAUCGAUACCUUAUUUGCGGCGGAGGCAUAGCAGCACAGGAAGCAUUGAAGGUUUUCGUUGACGAAAAUGUAGCCUCUGACGUCUUACUGGUGUCGCAAGACUGGAGGAAAGAAGGAGGUCAAGCUGUUGAACCACACACGGGGGCAAGCAGUCUUCCGGGAGAAGGGAUUUGUUCCAAGAUUUUAUAUGGAAUUGGCAGUGUUUUUGUCCCCUUGUCUUCGUCAAUAUCUACCGCUGUUCGGAACCCUGAAAUACUAAUUGGGAGAAGUGUCAAAAAGAUUGACUCAGCUUCAAGGGUAGCCGUUUUGGACGACGGCGUGGAGAUUGGAUUUGAGAGAUGUCUUAUUGCCGUUGGCAGUUCAGUUCCUCAAGCCCCAAUUGGCAAAGUCGUCUCACGUGAUGCUGCAAAAUUGGUAAGUGGGGCGCAGUCAAAGGCAGACUGGGAUCGCAUUGAUUCUAUAGUCAAGCAGGGUUUGGAGAAAGCCCAAGGUUCGCAAGGAGCAAGGGCACACCUGACAGUUGUGGGAGGCGGUUGGAUGUCGACCGCUGUAGGCGCCGAGCUUGUUAAUCGGGGCGCAGAUGUCACCUUUUCUUACGCAGAGCCCGGGUUCAUGUCGCGUUACUUUCCCAAAUAUAUCGCCCAGGACAUUCUCUCACGUCUGCUGUGGGCGAGCGAAGGAGGAGUCGAAUCCUUGUCGUAUGCAGCUGUUCGAUACGUGAUUGCGCGUCAACCCAUUGGGGAGCCAGAACGAUCUUUAGAAGCUGAGGUUCAUAUUGGCACGGUUUUUGACUCUUUUUCGAUCGUCGACUUCCGCACGGAUCAUGUGAUAUUUGCUCCUACCCUAUCAGCACCAGUUCCACUUUAUGUAACAGCUGCAAGAAUGGAGGAUGGCGGUUUUCUCGUGAGCCCAGAGUUGACGGUAGCGAGCGAUGUCUAUGCUGCAGGUGCCUCUCUCAGCGUUGGAUCCGGAGCAAUAGAGUAUGCAAGAGUGAUGCGUUGGAGUGCAGAUCACGCGAGAGCAACGGGGAGGCAUGCAGCACUGAACAUUUUGGGAGCACGGCAGCCUUACUCGUAUAGCCCUUCACUGUCUGUGAAUCUUGAUUCUUUGCGGCUUCGAGUUCAUGUUCAUGGUGAUUUGGAUGGCUCCAGCGAGUCGUUUGGGUAUUUCUCUCGAAGCAAAACCCGAGACGAAAGUACUUGCGGCGGUCAACUCGAAAAGGGCGUGCUGUUUUGUGUGAAGCCGGCACCACUGAGCCAUCGCGGAGCAACACAGAAGCUUCAUAUCAGCGGAGUGGCGUUGUGGGAUGGUUCGACUACGACUCGGAUAGAAGACCUUGAUGACGCACAAGAAGCGGUCAGAAAGUUGCUGCUGAACGCACCCAUGAAACGGACCCAGCUGGAGAAAGCCAUGGACAACUUCGUGCAGGAGUAUCUGGAUAUUUCGCUUUUUCAGGACGAACCAAGAAUAACGACAUCCGUCGCAGCGGCAGAAUCCACGGAAGCCGGUACAGAACUCGAACAACCGAACGAAGGAAGCCAUGAAGCAAAUGAAGAAACCCUUCCUACCAAGCCCUUGCGGAGUACCCGAAAGCCAUCACCAGGAGUUAUUUGGAGACGCCACAAAUCAGCACGAACUCUUCGCGUGCGACCAGAUGAACUGCUGUGGGUUAGAGAUGAAUGGGAUGGAGCAGUCUCUCCCGACACCCAUGAGGACAAGGUAUCGAUGGCAUAUAGAGAAAUGUUGAAGAAGGCGGCAGGAGCCCCCGCCAAUUAG